AUCAUUGAAUAUGAUUUAGCUAUUUAGAUUCUGCUCAGGCAAGAUAACAUCAUCAUUUCCAAAAUUAUCUUUCAAAGUGAAAGAUUUUUCAAUUUUUAAAGGAGAAAAACCACCUGCCUUAAAAACUGAUGAUAUUAAGACAUUAUUAAAGAUGCACUAAUUGGGUGCCACAUGGAAAUUAGUACAUACAAUUAUAUUAUUAAUAGCAAGAUGAUAAUUCACUUUAUAAGGAAGUCAAAUUUUCAAAUUUCAAAGAAGCAUUCUCAUUCAUGACUUAGGUAGCAAUAUUCAGUGAAUAAAUCAAUCGUAAUUAUUUUUAUAUAAAAUAGAUCAUCCUGAAUGGGAGAACCUAUUUAAUACUAUAAAGAUAAAGCUAAUCACUGAUGAAGUGAAUAAUAUUACAGUUAAGGACAUAUUCUUAGCAUAUGCUAUAGUAAAUAAAUAUAUAAUAUCAUAGGAUAAUAUUGCUAUGAAUGUGCAAGUCAAAUCAGCAGAAUCAACUAAUGACACAAGAAUUUUAGAAAUAGCAAAAAUAGCUGAAGCAUGGAAUUUUAAUUUCGAUUAGUUUCAUCGUAUGAUUGAGACUGAUUCUAAAUAAAUAUGAA